GAUUAUAUUCUCUUUGAUUCCGUUGAAAAAAAGAAUAUAAUUUUCCAUAUAUAUUAUAAUUCUCUUUGAUUAUAAUUGUCAUUUAAAUAACCCUUUUUCGCGUUUCAUUUUCGUAGUUAUGACUAAAACAAUAUUAAAAAACGAGAAUUAUCUACAGUCAAAAUAUUAAUAACUUGAAGAUCUGUCUAUAUAAUAACAAUAUCAUGUCAGAAGUGUUUAAUCCCGAUAAGAAACCAGAUUUAGAAGUUUUAGACCCCGUAUUGGAAGUCAAUGAAAAUAUUGCAGCUGAAAUAUUUGAUCGACCGCAGGAAGAAAAUGAAAUCGAAGAAAUACCACCGAGAAUAUUUGGUUUGAAAUAUAUUACGGAGCCAUUGACGCUACGGUCUUUAAAAAAUGCUAUCUAUGAAUUGGGAGUAGUGAAUUUAUGUUGGCCUGAAAUUACGGAUCCUGUGUUUGAAACAAGAACUUGCUUUCCAAAAAGUUAUUAUACGAAUAGUUCAAAAGAACGCCUUCUUCUUGCAUAUGCUGAGAAUUUCAGGCGGCAAUUUCAUUUUCAUUAUAAUGGAAGGAAGCCUUUGUUGCUGCAAGCGCCUAAUGAAUGUGGAUUGCAGAAAAUGGUGUGUACAACUAUCAGACCAACCAAGCUCUGCUAUGCCGAUACCAGUAACUGGGAAGGACUGGCAGCUUUAGUGUCCGACUACUUCGACUAUGAACCACUUACGAAGCCAAUGCUGCACGUAAGUACACCAUUUGUAAUUUAUUCUAUGCAAUAUAGAUGAUUUAUGCUUCCGUCUUCUUUUAUACCAAAUCU